AACAUGAAAAUAUAAAAUAACUAUUUCACGCAUUGUGGUUUUCACUAAAACUGUAAACCAGUCCGCAAUCUGUAAAAGAUUGGUGAGUAUACAUUCCACGCUAAACUCUUUCUACCACACAGGUGAACCUUUGGAGGUCACCACACUAAGGUGAAGUUUAAGGACAGCAGCUAUAUCAUAACUUAUCAUUGUACAAUAACAAGCGUAUACGAUACUACACCACCUUGCGAUGGUAUCGUGGAUUUAUCAGGCCUGCCAAUCACAUUUUGACUACAUGAAAUGUAUUAUGAUAUAAUUCACCAUUAAAAGUCUUUAGCUUUUUAACAGAGACAUUUCGACGUGGAUCAUGUUUGCACCACUAGGGUCCAGCUGGGAGGGCUCAUCUUCUUUCUUUUCCAAAGUUCCAUCAGUGUUGCUACCAGGAAACAGGUUUUCCAAGCUGAAAAUUGAGAUUCACUACCUGUCAGUGGAUAACAUGGGUGUGUCCAAAUUCAGAGGCUGCAUCUUUCAUCGACCAUAUUUAAAGGAAGCUCAACAACGACGGCUGAUGACUCCUUCAAACGUAACCAACAAAUCCAGCCCUCUCUCUUUCCCCCAAUAUAAAGGAUGGAUCCGGUGUGUUCUUCACAGCUAACCGCAUCAAGAUUUCUUGUGGGUCAAUUAGGAGAUUUGUCUAACAAUAACAAAAUAAAUUUAAAAUUUUUAUUCUAAGUAUAACUUUAAAAUAGUAAGGUUUAAUAUUUUAGUAAUUUAAAGGUGGACUAUGGAACACGGAGACCAAAGUGUCAUCUAGUGGUAGUAGGUUGUUUUUGCAACAACAGAGCUAGGUCUCCAGACGUCGGGAUGCCAGGUUUGCUGCCGAUGCAUGACGUGACCAACCAGCACCAUGUUUAGUGACGAAUCGUACAGGGUAAGGACUCAUUUCUACUAAUAAGUGUAUUUUACUACAUCAUUUAACUUGUAUUAUUCUUAGUCUUUCAAUUAUACAUUAGAUGAGUAAAAUUUCUGAAAGUGUUACUUUGGGUUACUAGCGUUAGCCUGCUAUCAUUCACUCUUUUACGUAGCUAACUGAUGCUACAUGUAGUUAUGCAUUCUUCAACUGGAAGUCUUUAUAUUAUUUUUAUUUUUUAAUGACAAGACAUCUGGGGCUCAACUAAAACUGGAUUUAUGGUGUCUGUACCCUGAUGAUGGUGACCGAAGCAGCAGCUUCCACAACAGUAGCAGUGAGGCGGAAGGCAGGUGGAGAGCUGAGGAGGAGACUGAGGUUUGCACAAAGUUAGCUGUUAGGCUGUGUUCUAAAACUAUUGAAGAAAAAGCAAUUGUUUGUCUUUCAUUAUUGUGAAAUUGUUUCAGGGUUGACCCUCGACUACAUCACUGACCAUAUUUAUAAGUUUAGUGUGCUAAUAUAUAGUAAUAAUUCUUUCUUGGGUUUAUAAAGAACUUUUCACACAAUGAUAAACUAAAAUGUGGUAAUUUACACAUAUUGUGUAGCAGUUUGUGCAAUGUAAAAAAAAAAAGCACACCAUUAAAUGUACAUUUAUAUAAAAUGUAUAUAUUAUUCUCGUCUUUUUGAAAUUAACCCACUAUGGACACCAGUAUGGGUGGGCCAGAGGCCAGGCAACAUGCAGCAAGAGGAAGAGGAGAAAGUAGCAGAGGUAGAAGAGGCAGGAGAGGAGGAGCUGCAGGACAAAGAGGCAGAGUUUCAGGGCGAGGUGGAUGGGGCAGAGCUGUAAACACAGGUGAUAUUAGUAGACCUGCAGUAGGAAGGGGCACAGCUAGAUCAGGAAGUACGUGUGUGAAUGUUAUUAUUCACUGCGUAAAUUAUGCUUUUAUUAUUGUUUUGAACUGUGAGCAUAAUUGGAAUAAUCUUGAAUCCAUUCAGGAUGGAGGAUGCAGCCGAACGCAGAGGAGCAGAGUGUCAGCUAUGUUGGAAGAGAGAAGGCUUGAGACAGAGGAACUUCUUCAGACACUCACCCUUGAGAAAUACAGGCAUCUAGGAAGGGAGCUUUUUGACAGGGAGCCUGGGCUGGUAUUUGAUGCCUUCAGAAUCAACCAAGUCCAGAGCGGUGCCCCUCCACCUGCUGACCUGCUUGGGAUACCACCAUGGUGCACAUGUGGAAACUGCAGAGACAUGCUCACUCUGCUGGAGAGGAAAUGUUGUGGCCAGGAAGCAAAUAACUGUGUCUGCCUACUGCCACACUUUUCCUUAUUUUGUUUAGAUGAAGGCAACCUGCAAAUUCACAGGCGAUACCGGGAGGACCUGAUGGUGGUGAGGCCAGCGAGAGAGCCAAGUGAUGACAACCGGGAGUACCGCUAUGCUGCCUACAGACAUUUCAUCUUUUGGCAGCAUGGUGCUCUCAGGCGUGGAAACCGGUUGGUCAUCCCCAGCUGCUGUGUGUGGGCGAUCAGGGACAGAUAUUCAGACCCCUACGGACAGUAGAAAGGUUUUGUCCCUGGUCUCUAAAAAGUUUGUAAAUAGUCCUAUUUAAAUAAAUUUUAUGUAAAUAAAUUCUAAGUGUCAUGUGAAAAAUAAGUUCAAUGUAAAUAAUAAAUACAAAGCUUUUAUGUCUAUUCAUUUUCUGUUUUUUGUGUCAUUAGAGGAAAUGACUAAAAGGCAAUAACUUUUUUACCCAGCCCCAAUGUAGAACAUUUCUAUCAUGGUGUCCUAUCAGGCCUCGCUUUGGAGCAUUUACACAGAUCAAAUUCUUCACAAAUGACUAAGCAAAUAAUGUAAAUAAUAAUUCAGCCAUCGUUUCCCAAAAAAUAUUAUAUUUUUAUUUGUACUCUGAGUGAACCUAGGCACACGUUCACAUCCCGAGGUCCCAGUCUCUCUUUGAACCCAAAAGCCAUGCAAGGUGAGGUGGGUCAGGUUGGAGGUCAAGGUCACUGCUGUGAGGCUGCUGCUGAAGAACAAUGGGGUAGGGAGGAGGAGAGAAAAUAUUUGUGUUCAAAUAGCAGGACAGGAAAAAGGUAUAACAAUAUUUCUAAAUCUAGGUUUAAAACUUGUUGGCAUACCAACACCUCACUUGACUUGUAUACGAAGGAGUUCUUCUACUGGUGGUGGCGAUACAGGAGGGAGAAGACCGAGUCUCCUUGGGUUGUCUGGCCGUAGAGUCCUGCGUUUAGGCAGCCCAGCACUUGCAGCCAAUCUCUUACAGAGAAUGUGGGCCUGAAGAGGUGGAAUGUGCUCAUGUGGUUUUCGGACCUUCAGAGCGUACACACUCCCAUCUCCUGGCUUUUUUCUUGUAAAGCCUCAUUGCCCUAUAAUGUUUACAAAGACAAAUACAAUUAACCUUAUAUCAGUCAAUGAAAUAUCUAUCAGUAAGUAGAUGACUUAUGAUGCAAGAUUAGCCUAGUGCAUGGUUUGGUGUCAUAAACGUACAUAGGCCUGCCAUCCACUGUGUGCCUUAAAAGGCGGCCUAGCUGAAGGUUGUAGUCCAGAGCCGCGAGGAGUGUCCUGGCCUCAUACACAGGUGGGGAGAAGGAGAACCGCUCGCCAGCAUACAUCAGGAUGUGAUUUUGAAAAGCCUCCAGAUCUGCAGUUGAUCUGUGCAAAAAAACGUUUGUGUAUAGAAUAAGAUUAGAAGAAAUACUGACAUUUUGUAUUAUAACACACAACACUUCCAACAUUACCUGAAGGUGAGGUAUUUAUGAAUGUUCCUCAACCACCGCUUGUUCACAAUUGCAUCCUUCAGAGCCUCAUGAGCCACUGACCCGAUUUCCAACCACUCCUUGGUGGAGCUGUUCUUGAGCUCCUCGUGUUGGCAACGUCCCAUCACCCACUCACGCUCACUUGCCACAUGGUUGGUGAGACCAAGCCACCAUUCCUGAUGACAAUUUUGAAAUUAGAAGAAAUUUAAAGCACAGAUUUAGAGCUCAGUUACGUUUAAAAUAAAUGUUUCCUAAAACUAUUUUGGAAUUGUGUCCUGUAAGUACUGUGUUUACCAUGAACUCGACAAAUGUUGUUGCUUUUUUGCAUGCCCACCAAAAAUGAUUGAUAAUGUCACAUAACCAAUUCAGCAAUGCCGACUAUCUGGGGAUAUGUGCUGCCUGGUGAGCAGAAGUAAGCAAAUCCAGAAACUACUUAUUAGUUCAUUCAGAGUUUAAUUUUUCACCAGUCGCUUCCUGUGAUAAAAUACUUACAGCAGAUAACCUUUUGGACCCAUGCCACAUAUCAAAACUGUGCAACACUCCUGGGAAAUGUCCUUUGUCUGGGUUCAAGAAAAAAUAUUAUUUAGCUCGACAGACAUACUUACACUGCCAGUUGUACAAACUGGCAACAGUGCUCAUUUACCCAUGAGAGAUGAGAUCUGUGCAUGAGCGUCUGUGCACACCUCCACCACCUUCAGCUCUGAUAGAAGCUGCGUCAUGGACUCGACAAACUCCUUUUUCUCCGUAACAACAGAGUUCUGUGUCCGCCGCUUGUCAGCCGUGACCCAUUGAGCAGAAUGUUGCAGGCCAACAUGGAGUCCCCUGCUUGCAUGCCAAAGUUGAGGGUUUGCUGCGAGUUCCAUCUCCACAUCAAGGGGCCGUUGGCACAGUUCUGGAUCAUACAAAAAAAAAAAAAAAAUAGAAUACAUGGCAUUAAAAAAUAGCUUAGUGUAAAUCACUUUAUGCCCUUCGUUAGUUCUGAUACAAAUACUAGUUUUUAACAUGUAAUGGCAGUAGAAGUAAUACAGUUUAAAUAACUAACCCAGUCCAUAAUGCAAGUUGUUCCACUUGAGGUGAGGCAAUAGAGAUGUCAUAUGGGGGUAAGGACUGGAACUGCAUUCCAGUUAGCUCAUCCUUGUAUGGACAAUUUUGGACAGCUAAGAUCAGGAAUGAAGCCAGCUGUUGCAGCAAGUCUUCAUAAUAAUAAUAUUGAAGGCACGCCUCCCAAUGAGAUCUUCCUCACAUUGCACAGUUAGUGGUGUUGGGAACGUGGGUGUUGUUUUGCCUGGCAGAGAUUGGAGUAAUUCACAAACUUAAUAUUUUGAAGUCUUUAAAAAGUUUUGAAUUAAAAGUGUCAAGUCCUCAUGUUUGCAGCUUGAUACCCUCACCUCUGUUUCUUGGAACACUGAGCAGUGGUUGGUCUGUGUCAUCAGGGAUGUCAUGAACUGUAUCCUCUAAAUUUAUGAUGGGUAGAUUUUGGAUGCACACCUGUGACUUUAAUGCUCCACCCGUCCUAGAAAUGCAUGAAUGGGACAUAAAAUAAAUAAUUAGAAAUCAAUAAAAAUCACUAUUACUUUUGUCGAAGGUGCCGUUACAGUUUUCUCAUUCAGGGUUAUUAAAUGUACAUAUUUUCUUUUCAAUUAUUGCAAUGUAGCUUUCUAAAGAGUGUGUACUGUACAUAAUCAAAGCUUGUGCUUAUAUUGUCCACUGACAGAUACUAUUUCCUGAAACUAGCUUGUACUCACUGUUUUCAAUGCAUCUAUUGCAAGUAGGAAAGGGUUUUUCAUCACAUAUGUCACAUGAACAAUGUCCUCAUCUGAACUGUCAGUUGGAGCAGAAUCCACCUCAUCAAUUAGUAUAUAACAGUAUAGUAAUAGUAUUGCCAGAAAUACUAGACAAUAGAAACUGGAACGGGGUUAGUGGAAAAUAUUUAGUGCAGAGAUACUUUCUGCAUUUGGGAUGGAAAAACAAUGUGGGCACAUCUUGCUUCUCAUCAACAACUUCAGAGGGAAGUUUUCUCUUUCUAUAAGGUUUCAUGGUUUAUUUACAAAAACAAAUCUAAUGUAUAAAAUAAUAAAAAGCCUCAGUGAAAAAACGCAGCUGAAAAAAGACAAAACUACAGGUGACCGAACGAGUCCAAAAAUACGGCGAAGCAAUGUCAAAUAUGACUAAAUAUAAUCUAAAAUUACAAAAUAAAAACAUAACAUAGGAAAUUUACUGAAAAUAAUUUUAUUUACACCAGUAGAAGAGAUAGAAGUUGAAAAUACGCACCCAAAACAAUUCCUCCGCUCCUCUAUGAGCACGGCACAUGGCAGACUGUUUAUCUCCCGGUUCUCGGGCAGGGACUUGCGUAACAUUACUGUAAUGUAUGGUAUACCACUGGAAAGUACCGUCUCAGCUUUCAGAAUCUGUUGAUUUCGCAAACUGUCGAAGAGUUACGGUAAAGUAUGAAAGCCAUUUUGUUUCGCCAUCGACACAACCGCAGCACAUAGGAAAAAUCGGCCAUGCGGACGUGGACUGGGUAGACUGCUUCCUUAAAAGAUGCAGCCCCAGAAUUUGGACACAUCCAAACUUGUUUAUUGGUGAAGAAAAGAAAACAGAUGUGGCUUCUUUUAAAUCUUCACUUUUGUUUUUA